GUUUUCGCCAAAGGAUUCUGUCUACAGAUUAAUCACCUUCAUGUCGACUGUGUUGGAUACUAACCCGCCGAUGCUAUGGUUACCUUUAUUACGAUCUUGCAGGUGAAUCUAGUGAUGUCCAUCCUGCUGUACGUGAUGGUCCUCGUGUACCUCUAUGGUAUCCAGGCGACCAACAUGGACAGCAGUCGCCAGGGGCAACAGCAGCAGCAGCAGCAGCCGAGUCCCGACCCCUUAAACUCCCUUAUCAUCCAGCUGCUUCAGGCGGACCUGACGAGGGGGAAGACCAGGGGGAACCAAAGCCAACAGGGGAAAAGCAGGGACACCGAUCCCCCGGACACGCUGCCCCCCAUUCUCACCGCUAACUUACCUUUGGAGGAGCAGGGCGAUGCAGAGCAGUGGGGGACGGGGGGCCGCAGCGACGACCAGGAGGUGAUGCUGUUGAACUCGGACGUUCUCAGGCAGCACAAGCGGUACAACUCGCCCCGGGUGCUGCUGAGCGACCGUCCGCCGCUGCAGCCCCCGCCGCUGUACCUCACGGACGACUACGUCAGUGGCGGAUCGGACGGGGCGGCGGCCAACAAGACGCGGAAGAAGCGCUACGUCGAGCACAAGAGCUAUCGUGGGGAAUAUUCUGUGUGCGACAGCGAGAGCCAGUGGGUGACAAAUAAAACCCAAGCAGUGGACACGGGGGGCUACCCCGUCACCGUCCUGGCCAAAUUUAAAAUCAGUGCCACGCAGGACAUCAAACAGUUCUUUUAUGAGACACGCUGUCGGACCCCCAGGCCCUUCAAAGGUGGCUGCAGGGGCAUCGAUGACAAGAACUGGAACUCGCAGUGCAAGACGACGCAGACGUACGUCCGGGCGCUGACGCAAGUCCGCAAUUCAGUGGGCUGGAGGUGGAUUCGCAUAGACACCUCGUGCGUCUGCGCGCUGUCAAGGAAACGUCGCAGGACGUAA